AUGGCCACGCCAGAGCUUGCGAACGGCAGGAAAGUGCCCGAGGAGGAGGAGGAGAGUGAUGAAGAGCUCGUUGGUGUUGUAUCGGGCUCCGCUACCCCUGCACGUGCAAGCCGCCCAGGCAGCCCGACAAGACUCGGCGCCUCCACUCGGCGGGCACCCGGCCCCCUCCUUCUCUCCACAAGCAAAACCGACCCUUUCCGCCGGCUGAACACAGAGCUGCUUAUCAGGCUGCUUAUGUAUCUCCAGCCGAGGGAGCUCGCGAGAUGCUGCCAAGUGUGUAGGAAAUGGUGUAAUUCCCAGGCGGCAAAUUUUGUGUGGUUCCGGCAUAGGAGGAACGCGGCGCUGCAUGAGGACCUGCCACUUGUUACAGGCACGACUCCGACGUGGACUAAACGGGAGUCGAAGCAGAAUUGGAGGCGGGAGUACGCUGCCUUGCUCGCAAAGCAGAGGGAGGACGUGCCUCUCAUUGCGCCAUUCUCGAGGGCGUCUUCACGUCCCUCUUCGAGAGCCGGGGGCAGUCCGACACCGAGCGGGUACCAGACGCCCCGGGAGGUGAAAGAGGAAAUAUGGGCGAGGGAAGCGGAAGGGAGGGAUAAGCCGAGCAAAGUGGAGAUGCGGGAGGCUUAUAAGGAGCUUGGAGGAAGGAAGGCGCGGGUGAAAGGGAGUGGGGGUUGGGAGAAGGGAGCGGGGAGGGAUAGAACUGCUUAUGGGCAUGGGGAGGAGUUCUGA